AUGGCCACAGACUACGCGAAUCUCGGCGUUGCAUAUCGACAGAAAGAUUUGUACGAUAAAGCACUUGAAUAUUAUGAGAAGGCACUCAAGAUUAAUCUCGAGGCAUAUGGAGAAGAACAUGCUGAUGUUGCCCUUGUUUGUCAGAGCAUGGGUGUUGCAUAUUAUGGGAAACAAGAGUAUGAGAUGGCUUUGCAGUAUUAUGAGAAAUGUCUUUGUAUACAAGAAAAGGUGUUACCCAAACGUCAUCCUGACACAGCAUCAAUUCACAGCAAUACUGGUCUCACAUAUGACAGUCUCAACGAUCAUCAAUCAGCUUUGAUCAGAGAUGCAACCGGACCGGGCGCCGGUUACCGGUCCGGUCCGGUCGAGACUUAUCAACCGGCCGGUUCAACCGGUUCCGGUCAUACUGCAGGACCGGGACUGGUCAGCUUGGCUUAUGUGAUAGAAUAUGACAGAAAGAAGCAUAUUUAG